UAUUCAACUUCUACCAUGCCAUGGAAUUUUAAUGCCCAACUCAUUCGGUCCAAAAAGGAGGGAAAGGUUUUAGCUCCAGCAUUCAUGAUAUCACCUAAGGCAUCUCCAUCUACAUCAUCUGCCUUACCAAAAAGGAGUGACAACACCAGCAGUAGCAGGCACUUGAGCCUGAUCACUGUCAUUUGCAUAUGUAUUGGUGCUCUAAUUGGUGUCCUGGUGAUUGUUCUAUUUAUUUGCUUCUGCACAUUUAGGAAUGGAAAGAAGAAGGCGCCUCCUGUUGAAACACCCAAGCAAAGGACACCAGAUGCAGUAUCUGCAGUUGAAUCACUUCCUCGCCCCACAAGUACUAGGUUCCUUGCAUAUGAAGAACUUAAAGAAGCAACAAACAACUUUGAGGCUUCAUGUGUGCUUGGGGAAGGUGGUUUUGGCCGUGUCUUUAAGGGGAUACUAAGUGAUGGCACUGCUGUUGCUAUUAAGAAGCUUACUACUGGGGGGCACCAAGGAGAUAAGGAGUUUCUAGUUGAAGUGGAGAUGCUGAGCAGAUUGCACCACCGCAAUCUUGUGAAACUCAUUGGAUACUAUAGCAACCGUGAAUUGUCACAAAGCCUUCUUUGUUAUGAGCUUGUUCCUAAUGGAAGCCUAGAAGCUUGGCUUCAUGGCUCAUUAGGCGCUGACUGCCCCUUGGAUUGGGACACCAGAAUGAAGAUAGCACUUGAUGCUGCAAGGGGAUUAGCAUACCUUCACGAGGAUUCACAGCCUUGUGUAAUCCACAGGGAUUUCAAAGCUUCUAAUAUAUUGCUUGAGAAUGACUUUCAUGCUAAAGUGUCUGAUUUUGGUUUGGCCAAACAGGCGCCAGAAGGGCGCUUAAAUUAUCUUUCAACUCGUGUUAUGGGAACUUUUGGGUACGUAGCACCCGAGUAUGCAAUGACAGGACACUUAAUUGUAAAAAGUGAUGUAUAUAGCUAUGGAGUUGUUCUACUUGAACUACUUACUGGGAGGAGGCCUGUGGACAUGUCACAAUCUUCGGGGCAGGAGAAUCUAGUCACAUGGACACGGCCAGUUCUUCGGGAUAAAGAUAGGCUACAGGAACUAGCUGACCCCAAGCUUGGUGGACAAUAUCCGAAAGAUGAUUUUGUGAGGGUGUGCACAAUCGCAGCAGCCUGUGUUUCCCCGGAGGCGAACCAAAGGCCAACGAUGGGCGAGGUGGUGCAGUCACUUAAGAUGGUGCAACGCUCCAAGGAGUUCCAGGAAUCUGUACCGACACCGCCCGCUUGUCCUAAUGCCCGGCAUACUGCAACGACCUAUGAAUCUGAUGGCACUUCAUCCAUGUUCUCAUCCGGGCCCUUCUCAGGCCUCAGCCCCUUUGAGACUGAAAACAUGUCAAGAACGGCGGUUUUCUCGGAAGAUCUUCACGAAGGGGCCGCGGUUGCGGCGGACGCCAAGCCGUACAGCCCGACGGACUCCAUCCUGCUCAACUGCGGUUCCACGGCGGACGGCCUUGACGCGGACGGGCGCAAGUGGCUGGCGGACACCAACAACAACAUGUGGCUGGGCGACUCCGGCAAGUCGUCCCUGAUGGCGGCGGCGGACGAGCUGGACUCGUCGCUGCCGUCGACGAUCCCCUACAUGACGGCGCGCGUCUUCACGGUGGACACGGUGUACAACUUCACGGUGAACCCCAAGGACCGGCACUGGCUCCGCCUCCACUUCUACCCGUCGUCCUACAACGGGAUCGCGCCCGAGGACUUCCGCUUCUCCGUCUCCACCUCCACGGGCCUCACCCUCCUCCGCAACUUCAGCGUGUGGGUCACCACCAAGGCGCUCACCCAGGCCUACAUCGUCCGGGAGUUCUCGCUCCCGCGGACGCCCGCGGGGUUCAUCGCCGUCACCUUCACCCCCACGCCCACGCCCAUGACCAACGUCACCUACGCCUACAUCAACGGCCUGGAGCUCAUCUCCAUGCCCGACAUCUUCGAGGACCCCGCCACCAUGGUGGGCUUCGCCGACCAGACCGUUGACAUCGCCGCCUCCUCCUUCCAGACCAUGUACCGCUUCAACAUCGGCGGGGGUUACAUCCCGCCCUCCAACGACUCCGGCCUCGCCCGCUCCUGGUUCGACGACACGCCCUACGUCUUCGGCGUCAUGCAGGGGGUCAGCUACACGGCCGGCCCCCGCUUCCACGUCAAGUACCCCACCGAGGCGUCCGAGUACGCCGCCCCCGUCGAGGUCUACCUCGGCACCCGCUCCAUGGGCUCCGACCCGCGCGUCAACCAGAACUACAACCUCACCUGGACCAUGGAGGUGGACGGCAACUUCACCUACGUCGUCCGCCUCCACUUCUGCGAGCUCCUGCUCAACAGGCCCAAUCAGCGCGCCUUCGACAUCUACAUCAACAACAAGACGGCGCAGUCCGACGCCGACGUCAUCGAGAUGACGUCCGAGCGUGGCGUGCCCGUGUACAAGGACUUCGCCGUGCACAUGGCCGACGACCCCGGGGAUGAGGUCAUGUGGGUGGCCAUGCACCCCUCCGUGGCGCUCAGGCCCCAGUUCUACGACGCCAUCCUCAACGGCCUCGAGGUCUUCAAGCUCAACGACAGCGCCGCCAACCUGGCCGCGCCGGACCCCGUACCGUCCAAGAUGCUCGCGGAGGCGGAGCUGAGCGAGAGUGAGAAGGAAAGGUCCAAGAAGUCCAAGGACCAGGCAAACAUGGCGACGGUCAUAGGUGGCACGGCGGGCGGCGCCGCUGCGGUGGGGAUCGUCGCGGCCAUCUGCCUGGUGGUCUACCACAACAAGAAGAACAGGGAGCUCACCGGCAGCGACUCGCACAACUCCGGCUGGCUGCCCAUGUACCACUCUACAACCAGCGGCAAGUCGUCCGGCCACCUCGCGGCGAACCUGGCGGGCAUGUGCCGGCACUUCUCCAUCGCGGAGAUAAAGACGGCGACCAAGAACUUCAGCGAGUCGCUGGUGAUCGGCGUGGGCGGGUUCGGGAAGGUGUACCGCGGCGUGGUGGACGGCGACACCAAGGUGGCCAUCAAGCGGUCCAACCCGUCGUCGGAGCAGGGCGCGCUGGAGUUCCAGACGGAGAUCGAGAUGCUGUCCAAGCUGCGGCACCGGCACCUCGUCUCCCUCAUCGGCUUCUGCGAGGAGAGCAACGAGAUGGUCCUCGUCUACGACUACAUGGAGCACGGCACGCUGCGGGAGCACCUCUACAACAAGGGCAGCAACCCGCCGCUGUCGUGGCGGCACCGCCUCGACAUCUGUAUCGGCGCCGCGCGGGGUUUGCACUACCUCCACACCGGCGCCAAGUACACCAUCAUCCACCGCGACGUCAAGACCACCAACAUCCUCGUGGACGAGAACUGGGUCGCCAAGGUCUCCGACUUCGGCCUCUCCAAGUCCGGCUCCUCCACGGUGAACCAGGCGCACGUCAGCACCAUGGUCAAGGGGAGCUUCGGAUACCUCGACCCGGAGUACUUCCGGCGGCAGCAGCUCACCGACAAGUCGGACGUCUACUCCUUCGGCGUCGUGCUGUUCGAGGUGCUCAUGGCGCGGCCGGCGCUGAGCCCGCAGCUGCCGCGGGACCAGGUCAGCCUCGCCGACUAUGCGCUCAGCUGCCAGCGGAAGGGCACCCUGCCGGACGUCGUCGACCCGACCAUCAAGGACCAGAUCGCGCCAGAGUGCCUCAUCAAGUUCGCCGAGACGGCGGAGAAGUGCCUAGCCGACCAAGGCUUGGAGCGGCCGUCCAUGGGCGACGUGCUGUGGAACCUCGAGUUCGCGAUGCAGCUGCAGGACGCGUUCGACGGCGCUAGCGGGCGACGGCAGGCCCAAGACGACGGGAGCGGCAGUGGGCGCCCGGUGCUCGAGCCCAGCAACAGCUAUGGGAGCACCGCUAGCGUAACGACGAUCGGGACGUCGUCCACGUCCAGGGCGCACGACGCUUGCGUCGUAAUAGAGGAGGAGGACGACGACAUAACCAACCGCGCGGCCUUCUCGCAGCUCGUGCAACCCACCGGGCGGUGACACGAGCCGAGCGGCUCCCUGUUUCCACGGGGCC